GUCUGUGCGAAGUUGGUGCCAAAAAACCUGACUCCUGACCAAAAGUUCUUGCAUCAACAGGUCUGCUCAGAUUUCCUUGAAAAGUUAAAAGAAGAUCCUGGACUGAUGAAAAACAUUAUAACUUGAGACGAAACAUGGAUUUUUCAAUAGGAUAUUGAAACAAAGCGACAAUCGAUGCAUUGGAUGACACCUGAAUCGUCCAGAAUCAAAAAAGCAAGGAUGUCCAAAUCAAAAUUUAAGGCAAUGUUGAUCGUGUUUUUUGACAUUAAAGGUAUCUUGAUGACUGAAUGGCUUCCAGAGGGUCAGACUGUCAACCAGAUUUACUAUUUAUCAGUUUUGACAACACUGCGAGAAAGAGUUCGUAAGAAACGGCCCGAGUUGUGGAAGAACCACUCGUGGAUUUUGCAUCAGGACAACGCACCUGCCCAUAACGCGCUAUCUGUGAAGCAGUAUUCACACUUCGUAUUUUAUGACAGAAAUUAGUCAUCAAACAAUUAAUUUAAUUUAGUUUAUUAUAAUAUUGUUUUUCUAGCUAUCCACAAGAAUAUAUAUAUAUACAUUUUUUUUUUUUUUAUCAAUUUGUUUACUAUUUAAAAAACAUAAUUUUAAAUUCUGAAUGGAGCGAAGAAGCUUAUGGUUUUACAAAAAUGUUUAUUUUACUAACAAUACCAACAAUUUUGUUCUAAUUUUAAAUUAUAGCAAUUUUUCUAAAAGGAAAUUUUAUUGGAGGAGGUACUUUAAGGAGAUCAUUUACCCACCAGGAAAACAGAAAAACAGGGAAAAUUGAUACAUUUUGGCAUAUACGGAGUGUGGCUAUUAAAUAACGACACUGGUUACGAAAAAGUAAUUUAAUAUAAAAAUUAUUCUACAUUCAAAUGCUCCCCUUCAAUAUACUCUCCUCCCCUCGCUACACACCUUUCCAUACGUUUUUUCCAUUGAUCAAAGCAGUGCUGGAAGUCUUCUUUGGUGAGGGCCUUUGGGAGCUUUGCCGUUUUUUGCUUUACCGCUUCCAUCGACUCAGAUCGGGUCCCUUCCAAAGCAGAUUUUAUCUUUAAAAACAAAAAAAAGUCGCACGGUGCCAAAUCUGGAGAGUACGGCGCGUGUUCGAGCACUGGAGUACACUUACCGGCCAAAUACUGCUUCACAGAUAGCGCGU